CGUGCGCCGCACGGCGCUCCUAACAACCGGGUUCCUAGAGUGGAGGGUUCCCUGGUAACCAAGCAGGGAUGAGCGACUCGGAGCGUGGCCCGGCCCCAGGCGAGGAGGAGGAUGGCGGGGAGCCCGAGGAAGAAGGAGAAGAGGAGGAGGAAGAGGAGGAGGAGGAGGCCGGAGCUGGGGAUGCAGACGCGGAGCCGCUGCCCGGUGGAAGAAAGGGUCGUGGCGGACGGAAGGCCAGGGGUAGGCCGCGCCUCACCGAGUCCGACCGGGUACGGCGGCGUCUCGAGUCCCGCAAGAAGUACGAUGUGCGGCGGGUCUACCUGGGCGAAUCGCACGGCCCGUGGGUGGACCUGAGGCAGCGCAGCGGCUGGAGUGACGCGAAGUUGGCCGCAUAUUUGCUGGAACUGGAAAGAGAGCAGCGGGCCGGGCGCCGCGGGAAACCAUGGGAACAGAUGCCUUAUGAGCCUCAGCGGAAGAAAAGAAGAAGGCGGAACGUUAACUGCCUGAAGAACACAGUGAUCUGGUAUGAAGACCAUAAGAACCGCUGUCCCUAUGAGCCCCACCUGUCAGAGCUGGACCCCACCUUUGGGAUGUACAUCUCAGCUGUGUGGCAAUGUGAAGCAGGGCACCGCUAUUUUCAGGACCUCCAUUCCCCCCUUAAGCCACUUAGUGACUCUGAGAAUGAAUGUGAGAAUGUUGCCAAUGGCACAGCGGCUGGAAGCUCUGGGUCUUCAGAAGAGAGCUCCAGCUCUGAAGCAGAGGAGCGGCAGCCAGAGAGCCAGAAGGCCAAGCAGCAGGCACAGCAGCCCUCGGUGAAUGCAGAAGGCGAAAAUGCCAGUGGGCUUAUCACUCAGGAUGGCAUUCACAUUCCAUUUGAGCACCACAUUGAGAACCUGACAGCAGAACAGGGGGCUAGCACGUGCCACAAUCCACCCCUCGGUGGCCCUGAAACUAUGGAAACUGUGGUGUGUGUGCCAGUGCCCAUGCAGAUGAGUUCUGGCCAUGGGACUCUGUUUGAGAAUGUUACACAAGAGACGAUUGGUGAAGUGGUGGCUAGCUGCCCUGUGCAGGGAGUGGUGCAAGGCUCCCAAGUGAUCAUCAUUGCUGGGCCUGGCUACGAUGCCCUUGCAGCUGAGGGAAUCCAGCUGAAUGUCACCAGCUCAGGGGGAGAGGAGCUGCCUUGUGCAGUGAUUGAGGGUGUAGCAGCUUAUUCUCAGGCAGAGCCUGAGCAUGGACAGUCCAACAACGCAGAGACCACGGAGAGCAUGGAAUACAUUGAAACCAAAAAAGAGAAUGAAGAGCUUUUUGAGCUCAAAAAAGAGGAAGCGCAGCCAGCAACAGAAAUGGAGAUGCCCUGUGACCCAGAGCCAGUCCAGGAGAGUGAGGGGCUGGAAGCAGAGCCUGAACCUGAGGAAGAGACAGAAGGCAACAACAUGUCAUCCAUUAUCUAUGAGAUUCCAAAGGAACCUGAAAAGAGGAGGCGGAGCAAAAGAGGCCGCGUGAUGGAUGCUGAUGGCAUGUUGGAAAUGUUCCAUUGUCCCUAUGAAGGGUGCACCCAGGUCUAUGUAGCACUUAGUAGUUUCCAGAAUCACGUUAACCUUGUUCAUCGGAAAGGAAAGACAAAGGUGUGUCCCCAUCCAGGCUGUGGCAAAAAGUUCUACUUGUCUAACCAUCUCCGGAGACACAUGAUAAUUCACUCAGGAGUCCGUGAAUUUACCUGUGAGACCUGUGGGAAAUCCUUCAAGCGGAAGAACCAUCUGGAAGUCCAUCGCCGCACACACACAGGAGAGACACCUCUCCAGUGUGAGAUCUGUGGCUACCAGUGCCGGCAGCGGGCCUCUCUGAACUGGCAUAUGAAGAAGCAUACCUCAGAAGUACAAUACAACUUCACCUGUGAGCACUGUGGCAAACGCUUUGAGAAGCUGGACAGUGUCAAGUUCCAUAAACUGAAGAGCCACCCAGAUCACAAGGCUGCCUGACUUUGACCAUGGACCACUUUAUUUAUUGCCCUGCAGAAGAUCCCAGACCCACUGAGGAGAUGCCUUGCACAUUCACAGCUGGAGAUGUGAUGUGUUCUACUGACCACAGAGGGAUCCAUUGCUCUUGUUAGUGCCACAUGGGGCAGCAUUUUACAACCAAACGGUGACAAACUUUUAAAAAGAUUCCGUUCUGAUGUGCAAGUGUCAGUGUUCUCAGGUACUGGGACAGAGGAGUGUUCAAACAACAUCAACUCAGCUCAUCUUGUAACUGGAGAUUGUGGUGCUACAGCUGUCCUGUCUCUCCAGGGUUUGGAGGGAGUGGGGAGAAAGGGAUACUGGAACAGUAAGCAAGAAGAAUAUUAGCCAAUUAAACUAUCUGUACUUUGCAAUCUGUUGACAAUCUCCUUUGCUUGUCUCUCUGUCUGAAUGCAAGGUAAGGUUCAGUCAUAGACCACAAACCAUGGGCAGGCUAGUUUCUCUGUGAGAACUCUAGCUCUAGUUCACCUGACCAGUUUGUGCCUGCUGAUGACAGUGCAAACUGAUGGAGUUUCAUAUGUUUGCACUCCGUUUCUCAGUCAGUCUCAUGAAAAGCUGUGACUUGCAGAACGUAGUUUGAACCAAGAUGGGUAAAUUGGUUUAAAGCUAGAGAGAAGAAAAGUGGGGAGGAGAGAA